GUCAGUAUCGAGACGACCAGUGAUGGAGGAGGAGUUACGUUGCCCGGUGUGCAAACGGCUGUUCCAGAACCCGGUUCUGCUACCGUGCGGCCAUGCACUGUGUCUCAACUGCGCGCUCUGCCUCCAGCAGCCGGCCACAGCCGGAGGCGGCGAUGGUGAACAGGGGGCGGCCGGAGGCGGUGAGUACCAGGAGGUGGACAAAGUCAGCAUCCUGAGCGAAACUGACAGCGGAGUGGUCUGCACCAGUCGACCCAACAGUUACGUGGGGACUCCAUCCGCGCUGUUCCCGCCGCUGGCGAGUAGCGUGUUAUCUCUGGCGUGUCCCGCCUGUCGUAAGCCGGUGUAUUUCGACGAGAACGGCGCCGAUAAUCUGCCCCGUUACCGCGCCAUGCAGAAUAUGGUCGACAAGUACAACGAGGCUAAGAAACUCGGUCUGAAGUGUCAGCUGUGUGCCGAGGAGCCCGCUCACGACGCCAGUGUACUCUGCGAGCAAUGCGAAGUCCUCUACUGCGACACUUGUCGAGACAACUGUCACCCGGCUCGUGGGCCACUGGCUAAGCACAACCUUGUGCCUCCUGUCACACUGCGGGCCAAGCCUAAGAAGUCGGACGACACCCUCUGUCAUGACCAUCCUGAUGAGCCACUAACCAUGUACUGCAUGGUAUGCAAGGCACCGGUCUGCAAGCUGUGUCUACAGGACUCCAGACACGCAAGCCACGAUCUUCAGGCUCUCACACAGAUCUGCAAGGCUCAAAAGGUAGGACUCCAAUUACUUUGUUUACUAAAAUCUACCAAAACUUACAAACGUGGUUAACGUUCAUCAACGUUA